AGAAGAGAGAGGAAGGAGUGUGUGCAGCAUCACUAGACCUGAAUGUUACUGUGCUCAGUAGCUCCUGAAAAACAAAACAUCCUUGGACACCACGGGCCUCACUACAUCGGUAAGAGAAUAAUGAAGGUGUCCCAUCAUAUUCCAAAUGGCUGUGCAACUGUUUUUGGCAGUUUAGUAGAUUGCAUUGAGAUAUCUAACACUGUUUCAAAAUUAACUUGAGUCCAAGUUUUUAGUUCUCUGUUGGAUUAUUUUCUGGCCACUUGGGUCUGUGUCUUCUGUGUCUAAGUAACGGAAUGUCUAUAGGCCUAAAUAAUGGAUGUUUCCCUUCUUUUGUUUAGACUACAAAAUGUAGCUCCAAAGUAAAUAGAGGGAGAAUAAAAGUUGACUUCAGUGUGUAACUAUGCUGCUUUCUGGAACUGUUGUAAACUUAGAAGAGAACAGUUAAAGAAGAGCAUCAGCUUUUUAGUGAAACUGACUGGUCUAUUGUAUGAAUGCUUUAAAAGGAUAAACAAGAUUAUGCAGGAAGAAGUAUAUGUCAGAGACAUCUUAAGACAGUGUAAUAACCUCAGGUCUUACAGUAUGUAACUGCUGUACUUUCAUGUUAUGACGUGAAUGUUGUGACUGUCCACUGUUAAAAGUAUGGACUACUAACACUACUUUAGAAUCAUAGAAAAUAAGUGUCUCUCUGGAGUUUUUUGGUGAUAUUGUUAGUUUUAGAUGUGUGGGUGUUUCUUAAAGCAAGCCAGCUGUUUAUCCUCAGGUUAAACUCAUGUAGUUAAUGAUUGUCCUUUUCCUCUCUUCUGUGUUCAGAUACUCCCUACCCCCACUUCUAUUUGUUUAUAGCUACUGUAUCUCUCUCUCUCUGUUCUCCUCCAUCAUGCUCCUCUGUGUCCCUGUUUCACCCCUGGUACUGUGCUCGGCCACAGCCUCUAGUGAGACUGAGAGCUGCGUAUUAGCUUUCUCUACUCACUCUCAUUAAGAAUUCAGCGUUAAACUUGUGACCUGGGGCAGGGUCAGUGUCAGUAUCCCUGUGGACGUGGUGAGAAUAGAAUUGUGGGCAAUCGUUCUCUGUUUUCCCUUCCUUUAACAGGGUGUGUGUGUGCCAUCUUUCAAUAUACUUGUAGAAUGUAAGUGUGAAUCUUAUUUGUGUGUUCUUUCUCUCUCUCUCUCUCUCUCUCUCUCUCUCUCUCUCUCUCUCUCUCUCUCUCUCUCUCUCUCUCUCUCUCAGCAGUGAGGUCUUCUUUUCUGUAGGGUUGGUAAAAAGUAUGAGGGGUGUGGAGAAAGGUAAUGGAUAUAAACAACACUGUACUCACCCUCUGUACCACUCUGCCUAACACUGGGACCAUGAAUGCACAGGUAAGCAGGAGCAUUUCUAUCUUAAUGAAAACAUUCUUAAACCAGGCAAGUCUAUUAAGGACUUGUCCUCAUCUACAAUAACAGCCUGGCCAAGAGGUUGCUAACUGAUUUGUGUGUCAUCCCUGUUCUUGUUGACUGGUUUGUGUGUCGUCCCUCUCCCAACGCCCUGGUAAGGAGGCCACUCCCUGUGAGUAUGCUGGCAUACUGGGGGAUAGCUCUGACUCUGACGAAGGUAAGGAAUCCGUUUGGCUGCAUCGUUGCCAGCAACAGGACGUGGCUGUACUUCCAUUUCCUGUCCUCUCUCUGUUGUUGUAUGCUAGCAAAGCUAUGAACACUCUGUCCUCUCUUCUCCUCUCCUCAGAGACCAGUCCAGAGGAUCAGCUGGCUUUCUCCUGGAAGAACCUUCCUAUACUGGAGAGAUUGGGCCUCAGCAGGUCAGUUUAUACUGGAGAGAUUGGGCCUCAGCAGGUUAGUUUAUACUGGAGAGAUUGGGCCUCAGCAGAUCAGUUUAUACUGGAGAGAUUGGGCCUCAGCAGAUCAGUUUAUACUGGAGAGAUUGGGCCUCAGCAGGUCAGUUUAUACUGGAGAGAUUGGGCCUCAGCAGGUCAGUUUAUACUGGAGAGAUUGGGCCUCAGCAGAUCAGUUUAUACUGGAGAGAUUGGGCCUCAGCAGAUCAGUUUAUACUGAAGAGAUUGGUCCUCAGCAGGUCAGUUUAUACUUUAACACUUGAACUUUUUUGAUAGUCACAACCUCACCCUUCUCUUACCUCUCCCUCCCCUUUCUUUCCUGUCUCUCUACCUCACCCUUCUCUUUCCUGUCUCUCUACCUCACCCUUCCCUUUCCUGUCUCUCUACCUCACCCUUCUCUUUCCUGUCUCUCUACCUCACCCUUCUCUUUCCUGCCCUCAGUGGUACAGAGAUGACUGAAGAGGAAGUUGAGGUGAGAAUUCUUUGUGAUUUGUACACUUGGACAAAGAGACUAGAGACUACACGCACCCACAUGCAGACAAACACCCACACACGCACACCAUGCACACCAUGCACCCACUGUUCUGUCCCCUAUAGAGUGAGUUUACCCAGUUUGCGCUGGCGUUCCGUUGUGACCAGUACACCCUGACCCAGAGACUGCAGGCUGAGGAACACGACAGAACCGUGGCCCAGGAGAACCUCAACCUAGAACUGGAGCGUACCAGAAACACACUGCAGGUGGGGGUGUGUACACAUGUGUUUGACCUGGCUGCUUCACUCUUGUACAACAGUUGAUGGUCUGAUAAAUGUAUGUUUAAAGUUUAAACCAUACCUCUCUCGUCCUCCACACUUCCUUUCUCUUUCUACUUUUCCUCUCCUCCAAUCCUCUAUUCCCCUCCUCUCUCCUCUCUCUCUCUCUCCUCUCCUCCCCCUCUCCCCCCUCUUCUCACCCAGUAUCUGAAAGGUAGGUGUGUAGACGCUGAGCUUUCAGAGAUGCUGAGUCGUAUCGAGGCCAGUCUGGACACAGUGCUGGACGGCGUGAGUGACAUCAUCACUGCUGCUGAGAUGCUGGGGACCGUGCACCAGGUGAGACUGACGUCAUCACGACAGCCACACUGUCUGUCAUGUAAUCCUAGGCUUGCUCUUUUGGGGUAUAAGUCAAGGUUUUGCUUAGUGCUCUGUGAAAAAUAUAUUUGUAUAAAAGUGUUAUACAUGUAAUUUGAUUGAAUGAUUGAUUGAUUAAUAUCUCUGCUGGGUCAGGAGGCACGCGUGUGUCGUUCUGUGGAGAUGAUGGGUGUCCACGUGGAGCAUCUGAAGCGUCGUCACGCUGUGGAGAGAGCCGAGCUGCUGGAGACCAGAAAGUAUUUUCACCGCAGCCGGGGCAGGAGACACAGCGACUCAGGUCUGAGUACUGCCCCUCAAUGGAUUUUUUGUGGACAAGUGAAAGUAAAAUGUUGUUGUUCUUAUAGUCAAUUUAUUCUUAAAAGAACAAUACAUUGUAAGUAGGCCUAUAAGACUGUGUCUGAUCCACUAUAAGUGACUGAUUUUCACAAUAGGAGAACAGUAUAAUCUAACUGUACAGUGUAAAAAAAUUGUCCACAUAUGGAAAAGUUCUGACUGUUGGUUUUUUCUCAUUACAGAGGAUGGAGAAGUCAGGCACCUGUUUGUCAGGCGAGACUCCCAACAGGUAGCAGACAGUUCACGUCACUGUGCUUUUCAUAUCCUUCCUUUAAAUUUCAAAUAUCUCAGUUAAAUGAAUAGAAAAUAUCAGUGAGGGCAGGCCAGUGGCUUGAUAUUAUUAAAACGUUUUAUGUUUCACUUCUCUUAUAAAAAAAUAUUUUAUUGUUCUUCUUUCCCCGACUUUCUCAGACCCUCCUUCGGCGAAGAGUCAGCGUCACACUAAUCCCAACGGGAUCCCAGGUUAGAAACAAUAACACUAAGACUUACUCCCAUUGUGGUCCUAUGACCAUAAUAUGCAUAACUCUAAUUCUGUGCUGACCUCUCUUUUCUCCCCGCUCUUCAAUCUCUUCUUUUCCUCCUCUUUCCCCCCUCUCAUUUUCCCUCUCAGCUCAGCGACCUGGAGACCAAGUUCCAAGAGGGUUGCAUGGCCAGUGCUGACACUGACAGCCAGGGGCCAGAAUGGGGCAGUGUGAACCAAGCCAGCAGGUACAGGAAAUGUGCUCUGUCAUUAGUGCAGUUAGUGCACUGAGAGUCAUCUGCAUGGUCAGUUGUCACUAGUUGCUAGAUGGCCAUGCUAGUCACUAGUCAAAGAGGAAGCGUGCAUUGGUUUUCAUACGCACAUGCACCACAGGCUUAGACGCAAGUGCACGGACUACAGUAUAAACCUAUGAUGGACUUAACUGCUGUAGAGAACAUAUUGUGUGUGAAUAGUGUCUGCUGAUCUUGUGGAUUAUCAAUGUGCUAUGCCUUCCCCUUGUGUUCAUACCAUCAGAACUAUAUUGACCUCUGUAACAGCAGCAUUAUUUGUUAUAGUAUUACCUUGUUUAGUUGGAAGUGUAAACAUAACUGUUUCCUUCUUUUUAAAGGCCCUCUGAGAUGUCCCCCCUGGCCAGCCCGUCCCCCCACCACGCCCCCCUCCUGCUCAGACAGAGCUCCACACAGAGCUCCCAGAGCCUGGAGGAAGAGAGUGAGGUAGCCCCUCACACCAGGUAGGUAGCCCCUCACACCAGGUAGGUAGCCCCUCACACCAGGUAGGUAGCCCCUCACACCAGGUAGGUAGCCCCUCACACCAGGUAGGUAGCCCCUCACACCAGGUAGGUAGCCCCUCACACCAGGUAGGUAGCCCCUAACUCAUCCACAGGUUCCCCAUUAUGACUCAUUGACAUCUAAACAAUGACCCAAGGGUCAGAUGUGACUGAUGCAGGGCUUCCCUUCCUCUAAUACUGUGUGGUUGUGUGUGUGCCCGUGACUGUGUGAAUCAGUUCCCUGCAGAUGACACGACGUCACAGGCGGGGGUCUGCGAUCGUGGCGCGUGAGGCUAGUUCAGAGGAGGCCGAAGCCAAGGGGUCAAGAGCGGGGUCUGGACGCUGGGCGGGGUCAUUAGCAGGCACAUCCGAGCCCAGUGAGCUCAGUAGCUGUAUGGCUGAAUCAGUCUGCACCACAGAACCGUGAGUAUUAAGAUGACUUAACAUUAUUAAGAUGUUAUUAAGCUGCUAUUAAGUCAUUUUAAAAUAUAUUAAGAUAACACCAUAUUAUUCAUCUGAUAUAGCAGACAGUUGUCAUUAUCUGGCCAUGCUAGAAAGUAUGUACAUUGAAGGCAAUAGUGACACAGCCAGGGAUGCCCUGUAAACAAACAUGCAACUGUUGGAUAAUGAUGAUGUUGUAGGCCUCUGUUUCCCUCCAGGCCAGUGGUGCUGUCAGUGCAGCGCCCCCUAGCUACCUGGCUGUCUUACUGGACGUGGAUGGUGCUGCUCCUCCUGGCUCUCUACUUCGUCCUGCUGCUGGGGUUCCUACUCUGGGGUCUGAAGGUUCCACACCACAGCUCUAGCUUCUGA